AUGGUCAGCUCCUGUUGUGGCUCUACCUGCUGUGGCCAAAGCUGUGGCUCUAGCUGUUGCCAGCCUUGCUGCCGCCCCAGCUGCUGUAUUUCUAGCUGCUGCCAGCCAUGCUGCCGCCCCAGCUGUUGUACCUCUAGCUGCUGCCAGCCAUGCUGCCGCCCCAGCUGCUGUAUUUCUAGCUGCUGCCAGCCAUGCUGCCGCCCCAGCUGCUGUACCUCUAGCUGCUGCCAGCCUUGCUGCCGCCCCAGCUGCUGUAUUUCUAGCUGCUGCCAGCCAUGCUGCCGCACCAGCUGUUGUACUUCUAGCUGCUGCCAGCCUUGCUGCCGCCCCAGCUGCUGUAUUUCUAGCUGCUGCCAGCCAUGCUGCCGCCCCAGCUGUUGUACUUCUAGCUGCUGCCAGCCUUGCUGCCGCCCUAGUUGCUGUACUUCUAGCUGUUGCCAACCCUGCUGUCGCCCCAGCUGUUGUACUUCUAGCUGCUGCCAGCCCUGCUGCCGCCCCAUCUGCUGCCAGACCACUUGCUGCAGAACCACUUGUUCAGCAGGGGGAGCCACAGCAGGUUGGGUGACAACAGGUAGUUCUACAACAGGUGAUCUGGCAGCAGCUGGGGCGGCAGCAGAGCUGAUAGCAGCUGGACACAGCAACUGGGGUGGCAGCAAGUUGGGCAGCGACAUGUGGUUUGGCAGCAAACAGACUGGCAGCACCUUGGUCUGCACAGGAGGACUGGCCACAGACUGGACAGAAGCAGGUGCUUCUGAUCUAGCAGCAGGUGGGACAGCAACAAGGCUGGCAGCAGCUAGAAAUGCAGCAGCUGGGGCGACAGCAGGGCUGGCAGCAGCUGGAUCCACAACAGCUGGGACGACAACAGGGCUGACAACAGCAGGGUUGGCAGCAGCUGGAUCCACAGCAACUAGACCCACAGCAGGUGGAUCCACAGCAGCUGGGGCGACAGCAGGUGGACACAAUGCAGGUGGGCCUGUAACAAGUAGUCCUGCAGCAAGUGCUCUGGUAGCAGGGAGGCCGGAAGCAGCAGCAAGUUCGGCAGCAGCAGGGGGUACAGCAGCCAGAGCCACAGCUUUGGCCACAAAAACAAAUCAAGUAAAUUAUGUUGACUUACUAAAGCAGCAUAGAGAAGUGUGGUAUAUAAGAGACCCCUGGGAGAAGGAGAUUUUCAGAAUUCAACCAACUCAACUUGAAACAAACUCAGAAAUUCAAUCCAUCAACACCAUGGUCAACUCUUGUUGUGGCUCCACCUGCUGUGGACAAAGCUGUGGCUCUGGCUGCUGUGCCCCCUGUUGCUGCCGAACUUGCUGCUGCUUUAGGCCUCCCUGCUACCAGAGCACCUGUUGCAGGACCACCUGCUACAGGCCCACCUGCAUUGUGUCCACCUGCUGUCGCCCCAGCUGCUGUGGAUCCAACUGCUGUGGGUCCAGCUGCUGCCAGCCCUGUUGUCGCCCAAGCUGCUGUAUUUCUAGCUGCUGCCAGCCCUGCUGCCGCCCCAGCUGCUGUGGGUCCAGCUGCUGCCAACCCUGCUGUCGCCCCAGCUGCUGUAUUUCUAGCUGCUGCCAGCCCUGCUGCCACCCCACCUGCUGUGGGUCCAGCUGCUGCUAGCCUUGCUGACAUCUCAGCUGCUGCAGAGCCUCCCAUUGAUGAAUGCUCAUUCUUCUGUAUAUCUGCGCAUCAUUAACAACCCAUCCCACUUCUUCCCCACUUGUCUAAAGGUUGUACAUGGCUGAUCUACACAUGACCUAUUAGAAGCUUCAACCAAAAUACUAAUAUCCAUGCUUCUGACUUAUUCAACCUCUCACUUGUCUGUUAUCCUUCCCCUUCUACAAAGAUAUUAAUUUUUAAUUAAAUUUUAUUCCAUUCAU